AUGCAGGCCGAUAGUGAUCUCUCAGUGGGAAUGAAUGGCUUGGUGUACCUCUCCGACCGAACUUCUGUUAGGAUCGCAGGAAAUGACCUUGGUCAGCGGUGUAAUGUAUCGGCGGUACACCCGUUUAUAGCUGGCUCGACUUCGCCAUUCAGUAUUGUGACGAGAGGUGAAGAAAUAUUUCCGAAUGGGACGCCUGUGGUAUUUACAGGCACCGCAAUAGUCACCGGUCGGCCAGGCCUAUUAGUUGUCAAUGUGGACGGAGGGAUCAUGGCGGUGAAUAUAGGCUUAUCGCAAUUUAGUCAAGACAGAAUCAACCUUAUACAUGUCGUUGGUCGUGGACGGGUGAGGUUGCGUCGACGAGUUGGUCAGAAUCAAGGCCUGGAAGGGUGGUGGCUACUGGUAGUUUCACACAGCGUGUUUGUUGACUCCUUGGGAAGCUUUGUAGAGUUUGAAAUCUACUACACCGAUAACCAAGGAUACAUCUCCCAAUUGCCCGAGGCAUCGAUUCAGAGCGGUGGAAUAGUUUCUCUGGAGGGUGCAAUAAUAACCUUCUGCGUUCCCAGGCUACGAGCAUUGCUUGCUCCCAGGAUCAUUGAAACGGAUGCGGUUCAAGCAGGCGGCACAGGAAAAGGUAUGGAUUGUUAUGAAUACGUUGCAAUGCAACCAACACUACUCAGCACUAACAGUACAAGCCAAUUCCGUACGUUUACAAGCAACUGUGUUGAGUGGGAAGCCACAACAGGGCACUUGGAAAAGGGGAGAGGGACGGCGAGAAAUCGAAUUGAGAUGAAACAGUUUGAGGACGAAUCCGACUCACAUAAACGACAAGAGAUAGACAAGGUGAACAUGGGGGCCGCCACGGCACUGAUUUUCAAUGAUGUAGGUGGGCUCUGCAGUCAUGACGGAGCUAUGAGCGAAUAUGAUAUGGAUUGGGAGGAUGCGGAAAAUGAAGUAGAAGUUUUGGAUAGUCGUAACGAAGUCGUUUAG